UGUCAUUCUGUCCAGACCACCACACCAGUAAAGCUAUGGGAGGAGGUAAGUCCUGACCUUUCUGUCACACUUGCACCUUCAUUUAAAAUGUUCAAAAUAUUACAAACUCUAUUCAUUUUUUUCACAGAAAAUAAUGCAUGAUGCUUGAAGUUGUUAAAAAAUGCAUCUUUACCUUAAUGUAUGUCAACAUGUGUAACUUCAGCCCUUUUUAGUCAGCCAUGGAGGCCUAUGCUGAAGAACAACAAGGAAAAUCUUGAUUUUGCAAAAUCUUACCAACCUCGAAACAAUGAAGCCACACAUCUCAGAAUUCUGCUUCAUGGACCAGCUGGUGCUGGCAAGUCCAGCUUCAUCAACUCUGUUGAGAGUGUUUUACAAGGCAGAAUUGCUAGUCGAGCUUUGUCAGAUGCAACCUCUGGGAGCAGCUUUACCAGAAAGUACACAACUUACAAACUCCGCAAAGAUCCAGAGGGAUUUUAUUCUUUUAUUUUCAAUGACAUCAUGGGCUUCGAGAAGAAGACCAACAAUGGAGUUCACGUGGAAGACGUCAAACUGGCCCUGAGGGGACAUGUGAAAGAACAUUAUGAGUUCAUUCCGGCUCGCCAAAUGACGGAGGAUGAUAUGGGUUACCACUCAUGUCCCACUCUGGAUGACAAAGUUCAUGUUCUGGUUUCUGUCAUUCCUGCUGAUUCAUUUUCUAUAUUAAGUGAUGAAGUUGUGAAGAAAAUGAAGGACCUCAGACGAGCAGCCAGUGACAUGGGGAUUCCUCAACUGGCUAUUCUCACCAAAGUUGACAAAGCCUGUCCUAAGGUCCAACAAGACAUUAAAAAUGUCUAUAAGAGCAAGUACCUGAAGCAACAGGUUGAUGAAUUCAGCAUGCUGCUCGGCAUGCCACCAAACUGCAUCUUUCUUGUGAAGAACUACGAAUCAGAAAUCAACACGAAUGAUGACAUCGAUGCGCUGAUACUGUGCGCACUGCGACAAAUGAUCAGCUUUGGAGAAGACUUCCUUUACAACCAGUAGACCUACAUACUCCUGAGGCAAAUCUAGCAUGAUUAAGGCACGAAAAUAGUCAUUUCAAACAGUAAUCUGCAUCGUACUUCUUAGUUAUUUUUGUGUAAUUCAUAGAGUUCAUCGUAUCAUGUGAUCCUUCACUACUUUAUACACGAAGUUAGAAAUUUAGUGAAAAUGUUUCUUAUUAUUUGUUAUUUUACUAUGCUGAGUAAAGCACUACAUAUGCAAGAUGUACAAAACCUGCAUGUGAAAUAAAGAUACUUGUAUAUAGAAAAUCAAAUGGUGUAAUAUUAAAUAAAUCAGACAUGAUAGUAAUUAUAUAAUAAUAACAAGAGUUUAUUACAUGUAAUUUGUAUGUCAUCAGAUUUUAUUUCAAAAUGCUUUUUUCCUCCAAAAUUGCAUUCAUUUCAGAAGGUUAUUUAGUUUCCUAAACCACUUCUCAGCUCUCAUCACAAAUCAUUUGAUUUGUGUCCAGACGGCAGGACACAGCUAGUUCUGUAAUAAAAUCAUUUGACUGCAUUUCUGAGGCAGACAAACCUGUUAUGCUUCAACAU